UCAUUUACUGUCCAUCCAGCCCAGCAUCUUUUUAUUUCUUGCUUUAAAUUUAGCAUCUUCUUCCUAAACUCCUUUUCUCUCACCUGCCUUUGUUUUCACUGCUUCAGCCUUACCUUUCUGUCACCCUCCAUCUCUCACUCCACCAUGAGUCUGAGUCGUUCCAAGCGAAUCAGCUCCAGUAACUCGGUUCGGAGCAGCAGUGGCACAAGGAGGCUGAGCGGUUUUGGUCCAGGUCAGGGGGGUUUUAGUGGCAUCUCUCUGAGCAGCAGCUCCCUGUACGCUGGCACCAACGGGCAUCAUCAUGGUCUGGGGGCCUCACUGACGUCUCUGUCGGUGAACAAGAGUCUGCUGGCCCCCCUGAACCUAGAGAUCGACCCCAGCCUGUCAAUGAGCCGAGCCCACGAGAAGGAGCAGAUCAAAAGCCUCAACAACCGCUUUGCAAGUUUCAUAGAUAAGGUGCGUUUCCUAGAACAGCAGAACAAGAUGCUUGAAACAAAACUAGAGUUGCUGCAGGGUCAGGGAGUCAGCCGGUCUAAUGUGGAGCCGCUGUUCGAGGCCUACAUGGCAGGUCUGAGGCGUCAGAUGGACCUGGUCAACAACGACAAGACGAAACUGGAUGGGGAGCUGAGGAACAUGCAGGGACUGGUGGAGGACUACAAGCACAAAUAUGAGGACGAGAUUAACAAGAGAAACAACCUGGAGAAUGAUUUUGUUAUCCUGAAGAAGGAUGUAGACUCUGCCUAUCUGGUCAAGGCAGACCUUGAGGACAAGGUCGGCGCUUUGACUGAUGAAAUCAACUUCCUGCGCAAUGUCUAUGAAGAGGAGUUGCGUGAGCUGCAGGCAAGCAUCAAAGACACCUCGGUGGUGGUGCAGAUGGAUAACAGCCGCAGCCUCAACAUGGAGCAGAUCGUUGCUGAAGUCAAAGCCCAGUACGAAGAGAUUGCAGCACGCAGCCGAGAGGAGGCAGAGGCCUGGUACAAGAACAAGUUUGACCAAAUGUCAGUGCAGGCCAGCCAGUUUGGAGACGAGCUCCGCAUCGUCAAGGGUGAAGUGGCCGAAGUCAACCGACUGAUCAGUCGCCUGCAGAGCGAGAUAGAAGCUGUGAAAGCACAGCGUGCCAAUCUGGAGAACCAGCUGGCUGAAGCAGAGGAGCGUGGAGAGCUGGCUGUUAAAGAAGCUAAAGCUCGGACUAGAGAUCUGGAGGACGCCCUGCAGAGAGCCAAACAAGAUAUGGCCAGACAGCUGAGAGAGUAUCAGGACCUGAUGAACCUAAAACUGGCUCUAGACAUUGAGAUCGCCACCUACCGAAAGCUGCUAGAGGGAGAGGAGGACAGACUUGGACAGCAGUCCAUUCUAAAUAUCCAGGCUGUCUCUAACUACAGUCCUAAAAGUACUAAUGGCUUCCACAGUACCACCAGCUCUCCGGCUCCAAAACUGCUGAUAAAGACAACUGAGACCAGAGACAGCUCCAGAUACAGUACUUAUUAAGGGCAAACACACAGCAAGUUUUUCUUUUGGAUUUCUAGCACUCAUCUGGAUCUGUGCCUGAAAUGUGUCAGGCUGCAUGGGAGCUUUGAAUUAUCAACUUUUAUGUAGAAUAACUGAAACAUUAAGUUGUUCAAAUAUAGCAAAUAACCUGAAAAUAGUACUGGGAAGCCCUGUUAUAGAGUGCUGUUGUAGCCUGCUUCAUAUAUUUUGAGUGAACCAUACUCUGACUUCAGUUUCAUGUAUUACUUGAUGUAUAAUCUGCUUUUUACCUUAUAUUAUGUAAUAAUGUGGCAGUCCUGCAAAUACUGUGGAGAUCCCAUUAGAUAUGUGUUUCUGUAAUGAUGACACAUUAGCUCUUUGUGUUGAGAGAGUAUUUCUUAAGUUACUGUCAAUUUUCUAGUAGUUAGUCUUCAAGUACUGAACUGAACUUGUCCU